AUGGCUGACAUUUUUGAACUGCUUAACGAAUUGCAUCGGAAACAGCAAGGACAAGGAGAGAAUUUGGUUACAUUUAUGGACAAGCUACACGGGUUCAAAUCAAAUAUUCAGCUGUGGAGAGAAGUAGAUCGUGGUUCAUUGGACAUCUUCAAAUGGACCGUCAACAUGGCAUGUGAAGGAAAUAGAAUGGAAGAAAAGCUGCUGAAUGUGGUGGCUGAACAUUUAGUCAUGCUUCAGGACAAGUUUGAGCACUAUUUCAAGAAUACUAACCGGGGACUCAACAUUUCUCGGUCCUAUGACUUGGCUAUACGUUCCUUAUAUUCUUCGGCUCUAAAAGAAGUCGAUUUCCACAAUGAUAGCCUUUCUUCCUUUAAUACUGUCAACGCUUGGGUUCGUCAGAAAACCAAGGGCAAAAUACGAGCGGUGCUUCAAAGAAACAUAAACCUUUUGACGAAAAUGCUUUUAGUUAACGCCGUUCAUUUCAAGGGUCAAUGGAAAUGGCAAUUCGAUAUCCAGGCAACAGAACCUUUUGGACACUUCUAUGUACUCCCUCAUGUGAGAACUGAGGUCCCGAUAAUGACUGGAAAGAUGCACUUGGCUUAUGGGCACAGUCCAAAAAUCAGAGCAAGUAUACUGGAAUUACCUUUUACACAAAAUCGUCUGUCCAUGUUUUUAAUUUUACCUGACAGUCCAACGGAGGUUUUGGAGCUCAAUAUGACUGCUAUGAAAAUGUUAAUAGGAUCAAUGAAGAAGCAUGAUGUAAAUGUACGCCUACCACGGUUUUCCAUUGAUAAAAGCCCACAAUUGGCGAGCCUGUUGUGGCAUUUAGGGAUCAAAGAUCUAUUUUCUCCAAACGAAGCUGAUCUGAGUGGGAUCGCAGAGAAUCUCUUCGUAAGCGGUAUGAUUCACCGAGCCCUCAUUCAUGUGGAUGAGCAUGGAAGCAUAGCAAGUGCUUCAACUCUCGUUUUGGUUGAAAGAGUUGGCAAUGUUGAUGAACACUACUUUGAAGCAAACAGACCUUUUACUUUCGCUAUUAUGGACAAGCAAGCAGGAGCGGUCUUAUUUAUGGGAAGAAUAGCAAAAUUGUAG